AUGACCAUCGAGUCACCCGCAGCUUUCAAUACGUUUUCAUCACAAACUAAUGAAAAUGAUUUAACAGCUGAUGACUUCACUAUCGAUGAAUCCCAAAUGAACUCGGAACAUUUUACAGAUUCAUUUGAAUCUGAAAUAAAAUAUUCACACUUCGAAUAUGCUUUUUUCUCUUUAUCAAAUGGAAAUGAAGAAUUCCAAACAUCAGCAGUUUAUUAUGAGUUUAGUGGUUUAUUCCUUAGACAAACUACUCGUAGUUUCAUUUCAAAAUAUAUUCCGCUCAUAGAACGAAGGGACGCUUCUACUGAAACGGCACACUUUCAAUUAGUUUUCCUCUGUCAAGCAGUUUCUAAAAUCUUUCAAACGACUCUGAGAAUGUGAAUAAAGAUGAAAAUUAUAAAAAUAAACACAUAAAACAAUGAAAUAUUAUUGCAUAAAAUCAAUUUGUGUUUUAUUUUUAAAUUCCGUUCUCUGAGCGAGAAGUGUUAAAAUAAAAAGAAGCUAAAACUGAAGUUUUCAGAAUAAUAAAAUUAAGUGUAUACAAAACGAUGUUGUUAAGAUUAAAUUCUUAAAAAACAUUUUUCUAUGCUACAAGAAGAAAACAUAUUUACUUAUGUUAAUAUUUAACAUCAUCAUGGGUGAUCUAAUUAAUGUUGCUAAAUACAUAAAAGUAGCUAUUAGGAAGAAAUAAAAUAUUAAUAAAUUGAAUAAAGUUAAAUGUAUGUGUGAUUGAAUCAUAAAAAAAAACAAACAAAAAUUAAGUAAAGUUUUGUCCCUAUUUUGUACUUUUCCUUAAUUAACAUUUUUACCCUCAUCAUCAUAGUUUCAUUUUUCCAUAUGAUUUUUCUUCAUCCAAUUGUUUUAGAUUUUAUUACAAAUAUUUUUUUUAUUAUUUUUCUGUUAUCAGUUAUCACUAUGCAAAACAACUUAAUUUUCUUAAAUCAAUUUCUCUGAACAUUUCUUUUUCAUCUAUUUUAAUUUCAAAUGUAAUCUUAGCUUCGGUUUACUCUGUUGCAAAAAAAAAUCAUUUAUUUUGUUUCUCAUCCUUUUCUUGCCUAUAUAAAU